AAUCAGUUGCUUUAUGAAGCCGUUGAGGGCAGAAUGUUAAUGCUAGUAUCUGAGAUGCAAUUACUAUAAACAUAAAACACGUGUUAGACGGUAGGAAGAGUGUUGAAGGAAGAGAAACAGACGUAAAAAUAAAAGUAAAGUAAAUUGCACCAAUUUCUGUUGAUUUCACCGGCUUUCUGUUAAUAUACUAGUAGUGUAUGGAUGCUAUCCGACAAGACUUGAGUGCUAAAGAACGUGAGAAAUAAUUUAUAUUUUCAGAUUUACAGGAGAAGAUAACAUUGAUAGAAAAUUGAACUAAAAUGAUCGUGACUGUUAUACUUGUGUGUUUCGUUCUGGUUGCCGUCGUACUUUGGACACUUGUUGGAAGAUCAAAAGAAAAAGAACGAAGACCCCCACCCGGACCAAGGGGACUUCCAUUUGUAGGUCAGGGAUUUCAUCUGUCGAUAAAUUCUGCUCAUUUGCAAUUUUCAAAAUGGAGUAAAGAAUAUGGAGAUGUAUUUAUGUUCAGUGUUUUUGGGAAAAAUGUUUGUGUUUUGAACUCUCCCGAUACAAUUUGGAGUGCAUUUUAUGAAAAACAGUUGUCAGAUUACACGAGCGACAGGCCUGGUUCUUUUAUCGGGCAGUAUAUUGCAGAUUCUUAUAAAGACAUUUUAUUUAGACGUUAUGACGAUUUAUGUAAAAAGCUAAAAGGGGCAACAAUAAAAGCCAUGUAUUCAUCUGGAAGCGGAAAUGACAUUUAUAUAACACAGCAACAGACGGAAAUUAACGAAUUUAUACGGAAAAUAACGAGAGACAAGGGCAAUGACGUCAACAUCAUCGAACCCCUAGAAACAACACUGUGUAAACUAAUAGGAAUAAUGUUUACAGGAGAAAUUAUGGAGGACUCUGAUCCUGCCUUCAAAGCGUUGCUCGACUUCGACCACGAUGGUAAUGAGAUGAUUACACCAUCUGUACACUUUGUUCUCAAAAUACUUCCGGUUUUGCGAUAUUUUCCGGGUUACUAUGGUGAUUUGUACAGAAGAACCGUAAGGAGUAGAAAUAAUCUAAGAGCUGCGUUGCUGAAUAAACUAAAGGACGAAUUUAAAACAAAGAGACGCGAAUGCUUGUUGCACUCAAUGUUUAGUUUUCAAGAAGAAGAACAUUGGUUAACUGAUGAUUUGAUACUUGGUGUGGUGAUGGAUCUGAUCAAUACAUCUACCUUGACUUCACGCGGGGUUCUGUCCGGAAUAUACUUUUUACUUGUACAUUUUCAAAAUGUCCAGGAGAAAAUCUGCCAAGAAAUUGAUGCUGUCAUUGGUCAAGAUCGACAACCCGUACCAUCCGACUUGCAAAAUAUGCCGUAUACACAUGCGUGUAUUCUCGAGACAUUGCGUUACCAGUCACAUCUUGGCCUUUCAGCCACGCAUACAAACACCUCUUCAGAUAUAACUAUAGACGAUUAUGUUAUUCCAAAAGGAACGUCGCUCUAUGGUAACCAAUUUCAUGUUCAUCAUGAUGAUAUGUUAUGGGUAGACCCCUGGGUCUUCAAACCAGAGAGAUUUCUUCAAGAAAAUGGAAAUGUGAUCCCAAGAGAACAUGAGCUUAGAAACAGAUAUUUAAUGCCGUUCGGAGUUGGUAAUAGAUCGUGUAUGGGCGUGACCAAAACCUUUCACCGGAUGUUUCUGUUUGUUACUAUACUUCUGCAAAAGCAUAAACUUCUCGCGCCAUCUGCCGGUAAAUUACCAUCAAAUGAUCCAAGGGAACUUAAGCCAGGAACAGUAUUACAAGCUCCAGAAUUCAAGUGCAGAGUUGUGGACCGCUUUUCUUUGUAAAACAGAUGUUCCAAACAUUUUUCAGUGCAAUUUUAGUUAGAAUUUACUGUUUUACAUUAUUUAUGUUUUAACUUCUCUGUUAAUAAAGUAUUGCGUUUGA